AAUGGCUCUUCCCUCACAGAUGAGCCCGAAGCGGUGGCGGAGCCCCCUCGCAGCGUGCCCAGCCCACCGCCCCCCGCGCCCGCUGCCGUCAAACCCACAGGAGGUUUGUGUCUGCUUGGUGCCUACGCAGACAGCGACGAUGAGGAAGGUGAAACCCCAGAGAAAUCGACCCGUUCCGCAGACGCAAAUGGCAGUAACUCAGCAGACAUCGACAGCACACUGGCCAACUUCCUGGCGGAGAUCGAUGCUAUCACGGCUCCUCCACAGCCCGCUGAGCCCACUUCCUCCUCAUCUGCGCCACCCCCCACACCUCCCCGCCCCGAGCCAAAGGACUCAGGGAGCCAGUCCUCGAGCACCACCAACGGCGCGGGUGCUGUGCCGGCCCCGGAGUGGCAGUACGACACGCAAUGCUCACUGGCAGGAGUGGGGGAGCUAGAGAUGGGCGACUGGCAGGAGGUGUGGGAUGAGAACACCGGCUGCUACUAUUACUGGAACACCCAGAGCAAUGAGGUGACCUGGGAGCUGCCACAGUACCUGGCGACGCAGGUUCAUCGCCUGCAGCACUACCAGCACAGCAGCACCGUGGCAGGUGCCAAUGGCAGCUUCGUGGCAGCUGCUGAUUUGUACCCCCAGGAGAAGGGGGCUACCCCUGGCAGCGUCGGCCGUGGGGCCAACCUCACCAAGAGGGAGGUGAAGAAGGAAGUGAACGAAGGUGUGCAGGCACUCUCCAACAGUGAGGAGGAGAAGAAAGGGGUGGCUGCAGCCCUCCUGGCACCACUCCUGCCUGAUGUGGUGAAGGAGGAAGAGGAGCGUUGGAGGAGGAAGGUGAUUUGUAAAGAGGAGGUCGAGCCGCCCCCAGAAGAGGAGGUAAAAGCAGAAGAGACAGCAGCUGUCCCUGAAGAGCCGGAGCCCAGCCGGGAUCCCCUGGAAGACACGCUGCAAGAGGAUCUGUGCAGUGUGGUGCAGUCGGGGGAAAGUGCUGAGGAAGAGGAGGAGCAAGACACCCUCGAGCUGGAGAUGGUGCUGGAGAGAAAGAAGGCGGAGCUGCGGGCCUUGGAGGAAGGUGAUGGCAGCAUUUCAGGCUCCAGCCCACUCUCCGAUGGGAGCCAGUCGGCCUCGCAAGAUGCAACCCGCAGGCUGGCCUCUAAACGGGGGAAAUGGAAACUGUUUGUCGGAGCUGCCAGCCCCGAAUCAGCAAGUCGAGGCUCCAGCAAAAUGGGCCGAGAGAGCCCGGAAGUGGGAGAAGCAGCGGCGAGCACAGAAGCAGCUGAUGCAAAUUCAGACAAAGAGGCAGAGUCUGAGGAGCCCCAGGAGAAAGCAAAAGCCCAGGGGGCACCAAAAAUAGAAGAGGAGGAGCAGGACCUAAAGUUUCAGAUUGGAGAGCUGGCAAAUACUCUGACUAAUAAAUUGGAGUUCCUGGGCAUCAACAGACAAUCUAUCUCCAACUUCCACAUGUUGCUGUUGCAGACAGAGACCCGCAUUGCAGACUGGCGAGAAGGUGCUCUCAAUGGAAACUACCUCAAACGCAAACUCCAAGACGCAGCUGAACAGCUAAAACAAUACGAAAUAAACGCCACUCCUAAAGGCUGGUCCUGCCACUGGGACAGGGAGCAUAGACGCUAUUUCUAUGUUAACGAGCGCUCAGGAGAGUCGCAAUGGGAGUUCCCCGACGGGGAGGACGAAGAGGAGGGACAGCGAACCACCGACAGAAAAGCCGACAGUCCUCCUAAACCACCUCCAAAAGACAAAGGAGAGCGCGCCGGGGACCCCGCUGAGCGUACCACAGGCUCCCUUUGUAAAGAAUCCUUCUCAGGCCAAGUUCCUGCUACGUCUCUCAUGCCGCUCACUCCAUUUUGGACUCUGCUUCAGUCCUCUGUCCCGGUCCUCCAACCUCCCUUGCCUUUGGAAAUGCCUCCGCCGCCUCCGCCUCCCCCGGACUCGCCCCCACCGCCGCCCCCUGGCAUGGCAGAGAGGAACGCCAACUUUGAGGCAUUGCCGGAGGACUGGCGAGCGCGGCUGAAGCGGAGGAAAACCGCGUCAAGCACAUGA